GCUCCACCUCCCCUUCCUCCUCCCAUCCCCAUCAACUUGCUGCGCAUGCGCGGCCACUCUGAGGCAAGAUGGCGGAGGGCGCGACGUCUCUGAAGGAGUUGCGGGCCCAGUACGUUGCUGCAGCCCAAGCACAAGCAGAUGAAAGAAGAAGCCAAAGUGUAAAUAGUCCAAUCCUUGCUGAUCCAUCACCAGUCAUUGUGAAAGCACCAACCAAACCAGUAAUAGAUGGCUCCAUGUUGAAGACUGUCGAGAGACAGAGACUAGCCAAAGCACGAAGGGAAGAGAAGGAGAAGGAGAUGGCUGCAAAAGAGUAUCAGUUGCUAGAAAAAGAAAAGAAAGCGCGACUUCAGUACGAAAAGCAAGUGGAAGAGCGACAGAGGAAGUUGGAGGAACAACGGCAGAAGGAGCAGCAGAAGCGAGUAGCAGUGGAGGAAAAGAGAAAACAGAAGCAAGAAGAAGAAAAGGAACGGUAUGAGGCUGUGAUGCGACGCACCAUAGAACGGAGCCAGCGUUUAGAGCAGAGACAGAAAAGGUGGUCCUGGGGAGGAGCUGUGUCAACGGAGAAGGAAAACCCCAAUGGUAAAUGCCCCUCUUAUACAGGUGAACUUGACAGUUCCUUAACUCCACCUCUCAGUUUGUCAGAGUGCCCCCCUCCUUCCUCAGACCCAAAGGCUUCCACUGAAGAUGUUUCUGCUGCAGAUAAACGCUCUCCUUCCAGAGCAAAUCCUACAAAACAAGGAGGAUCAGUAAUGACUAAGCGCUUAUCUUCAUCCUCCACAGCUCUGCUCAACUCUCCUGACAAAGGCACAGCAGAUAAGAAGAGGAGCUCCUCACUAAAUAGAUUGGCCAGUAACCCUCGCUCAUCUACUCCUGUAGACAAACUCUCAAGAGAAGAUCUUCAAGCUCGACGUUCGCAGAACAGUCCUGUAGAGAGUAAUAUAAUCAACCGCUUGCUAAUGCCCACACAGUCGUCGUUAGCUAGGAGCAAGAGUGCUGCUGCUUUACCAGAAGCUGGACAAAGUUCUGCAGAGUCUCACCUCUGUACUCGUUCAGCUUCAGCUGGCCCCGUGAAAUCGCCCAUCAACCCAGCCAACAAGCCUCUGCGUAGCCGUAGCUCUGAUCGACAGAACUCAGUGGAUGCCAGCGCUGGAGGGAUGACACCAGUUCUGGCCAUGCAGAAUCAAAUCAAAGGAAAGCACCCUUCAUCUCCUGUGGCAGCAAGCCGUAGACGGUCUCCAUCCCCAAAUAUAGCGAAGAGACCCCCAUCGCCAUCAAACCCAGGCACCAGGAGACCCCCAUCGCCAUCAAACCCAGGCACCAGGAGACCCCCAUCUCCAAAUACAGGCACAAGGCGACCCCCAUCACCGUCAAAUUCAGGAGCUCGGAGACCCUCUUCACCGAAUACAAGCACAAGGAGACCUCCAUCACCGAGUACAGCCACAAGGCAACCCCCAUCACCAUCAAAUCCAGCAGCUCGGAGACCUUCUUCACCAUCAAACUCAGUAAUGAAGAGAUCAACUUCACCAUCGAUGGUCAAAUCAAGUCCAAAGAACUAUCCUUCUCCUCCCAGCACAUUCAGACAGCAUCCUCCGUCCCCCACAUCUGUCCAUCGACCUCUGCCCAUUCACCGACCUCCGGCUACCUCCACAACCAAAAAGAAACCGGAGAAGGAAACAAAACCAAAGCAAAAAUUGGAAGUCAGCGGUGCAGAAAAAGACUCCUCAACAUCAUCGAGCAAAUCCAAAGAUUCUGAGCAGAAGCCAGCAGGGACCACAUCUGCUGAAGAGGCUGUCAAAAUCUUGGCUGAGAACAGGCGCCUGGCUCGUGAGCAAAAGGAGCGUGAAGAACAGGAGAGGCUACAGCUAGCGGAAGCUGAGAGGCUCAGGAAAGAAGAGCUAAAGAAGAAGGCAGCUGAAGAGAAGCUUUGCAAAGAAGAGGCAGCUCGACUGCAGAGAGAAGAAAGGAAACUUGCAGAAGGGGAGAAUCAGAGAGAAGCUGAAGAGGAAAGACUCUGCAGGGAACAUGAGGAACAGGAACGCCUUGCAGAUCUGAGGCUUCAGAGAGAAGAAGCAGAAGCAAGAGAGGCGGAGCGGCAGAGACAGGAACGGGAGCGAAUCAUGCAACAGAACGAGCAAGAACGGCUCGCCCGGAGGAAGAGAAUUAAAGAGAUCAUGAGGAGAACCAGGAAGGAUGACCAGGAACAAUUAAAGACUGAAAGGGUGCAAGAUGAGGCAGCUGAAGAGAGCGGUGAGGAUGAGCCAAGGAAUGGGGAUACAGAUGAAGUAGAUAGCACUAAUGGAAUCGAUGAGCUUCAAGACCCAUCUCAUGAUUGUGUGGAGUUGACUGAAGCUGUAGGAGAUGAACCAAUAGGAUUAAACGGUGUCAACGUAAUCGAUAAUAUUGCAGUGCAUUUGAACGAAGAGUCAGUGAUGGGUGUAAGAACUCUGAACAUCUUGAUUGGAAUUGCACUAAUACAUUCAGUAUUUUACCGAGUGCUGAAGGCCUUGUUACAUGAAGCUGCUUAUAGAGGACUUCUCAGUUUGCGCAGGAGAAUUAAUGAAUCCGUCACCAAGGUGAAUUGUCAUGUAGGAUGCUGGUUUACACCGUUCCAUAUUUCAGGAGCUUGCUCCUUGACUGUUAAACUUCUGGUAGAUUUUCCUAACCUGUUUUUUUGUUAAUCUCUCAAAUUCCUUUCCUAACUCUCUUGUCAAACGAGUUAUUUGGAUCUACCUUUAUUUUCAUAUUGAAUUAGCUCUGGUUUGUCACCCUCGUCACACAGGAAUAAGUUUGUGCAGAAUGAAUAGAGCUUAUCGUUCUGUGAGCAAUUAAUCCUGUUCAUUAAAGUUAUUAAUGAUAACAUGACAGUAAUGAACCAGCUGUGGUUCACAUAAAGUGAUGGAGCUGAAAAAGUGUUGCAUUUUAACUUUUAAUGGUUAAAGUGUAAUGGCUUGUCUCACCUCAGUGAUUAUUCAACUGGAAAUGUAGGUAAUUAUGAUAGGAUGUAGGAGCUCGAUAACAUUCACUCCUCACACUUGCACCUCUCCACACCGAGAUGUUUAAAUAGACUCGACUGUGGGAGAGCUAUAUUGGGAGUGGGACAAAGUAACAUUGAAUUGGGAGAUGCGUUUUGAAGGAAUAUUGUGAAAAAUGGUGGAGAGCAGUAAUAUGAAAGAAUUAGUUGAAGGUUAUUACGUUUCCACUGUUUAAUGUUGUACUGAAAUAGAAAUUGUGAAUUAACGGAUUGUUUAAUUGGCUCCUUUUUUCAGUUUCAUCCUUCUAGAAUAUUCUAUUUUUAAUAAGCCUGCACUAAC